AUGGAGAAUCCACUUGACUUUGAUGCCUGGGUUCUUGAUGGUCAAGAUAUCUUCAGCAAGAUCUCGGAACUUCCCCCGUUGGAAAGCCUUUUCGAGCCGCUAAAUUUGCCACCGUUUGUGCCCUAUGACAAGAACUUUAAUGGCUUCAAAAACAAUGAAGAUAUCAGCAAUGAUAAUAUAUUCUCUGAGAGUAAUCUUGAUUCUUGGUACAAUCGAGAAAAUGUUAUUGACACCAAGCCGGUGAUAAACCCUGGCAUCCAAUAUCCUUCUUAUAGCCUAAACCUUGACAACAGUGUCAUUAAAAGUGAACUGCUGAAUGAAGUUUCAAUGAUGUUGGUCCAAAGUGAUUGUGCUAGUUCUUCAAGCAUGAAAGAAGAAGAAGAAGUUAGAAAGAUGAGUGGGAGGAAGAGGUCUGUUGGAUUGGAACUGGAAGAAAUUCAAAGGCAUUUCAACAUGCCAAUCACUCAAGCAGCUAGGGAAAUGAAAGUGGGGUUAACAGUAUUGAAAAAAAGAUGCAGAGAGCUUAGGAUAAUGAGGUGGCCUCACAGGAAGAUCAAGAGCUUGACUUCUCUUAUCAACAAUGUCAAGGAAAUGGGGCUAAGUGAAUAUGAGGCGAUCAUGUUGGAGGAGCAUAAAAGGCUUAUCGAAGAACUGCCAGACUUGGAAUUGACAGAAAGAACAAAGAAGCUGAGGCAGGCUUGUUUCAAAGCCAAUUACAAGAAGAGAAGGCUUUCGGCAGCUUAUUCUUGA